CUCCACGUUUCAGACGUUUGAGAGAAGAGAAGCUCAAAAAUCACGACACAAACAAGGCAAAUCUAUCAUUUCCAGCAAGCUAGCAGCAGUCAUCAAGUAAGUCAGGUCAAGUCCAAGUCGUUGUCGCCCACAAAGAAUACCGAACAAGCUCGAGGGUUCAGAUACUGUCAUAUCAGUGAUCACUGUAAGAGACGUCCCUGUGAAGCGCUUGUCAGUCAGAGAAAAAGGCGAAGAAACAAGAGAAAUUUCAUUGUCGUCUUGCCAUUCUGCGUGGAAUCGAAUCGUCCCUCACGCUGCGAAAGAAAAUCCAAACAAAUCAUGUCGAACAACAACAACGCCACCAUGAGCGCGUCUUCUGCCGCGGUAACGAGUGACGACGCUCUGCGUGAAGUGAUUGUUUCGAAUGUUCUCGCCGAGUUUCACGACCAAAAUUCACCCGCCACGGUGGUGACGUCCUCCAAGAUCUUGGUCAAGCUUCUUCAGAAUGCGCUCAAGACAGACGAGAAGUAUCGUCGCGUCCGGUUGAGCAAUGCCAAAAUUCAACAACAAAUCGUCAAGGUCGAAGGCGCCUUGGAUAUCUUGGGAAUGGCGGGAUUUGUCGAGAAACACAUGGAAAAUGAUCAGUUCCUCGUCUACAAUCCGGGACAGCAGGCCACCACUGGCAAUGCACUGGAAUUGUACCUGGAAGAUGACAACACGCAGGAACCACCAAAAGAAACUCCCGCACAUGCCUUGAUCCACGUCAUUUGCAAUGGAUUGGAGAACAAACAAAAGGAAUUGGAGCCAUGGAUCGAACCGCCAAAGCAACCGCAACAACCCAGCAAACCGGUGGCGUCCAAUGCUGCUGCCAACAACAACGACAAUUCGUCGCCCUUUUUGAGUGAACAAGACCGUGCGAGACGGGUUGCCAAAGCCAAGGCCAUGAAAAAGGCCAAGCAAGCGGAACGGGCUUUGGCGAAACAGCGAUGGGAAGAAGACGAGGAGAAGCGCCGUGAGGCCAAGGAGCGUCGCGAAGCCUUGCUCAAUGCCAAGGUCGAAGAAGAAGCCAAACAGGGACUUGCUGCGGGAAUUACGAUUCGAUCGACGGCUGUUGGAGGAGGAGAAGUUUCUCCCAAGAAGGUUCUUCCAAAGCCCUUUGCCACUCCCGUCGAUCCCGGCAGCCAAAAGGAACAACUCGCAGCGGCCGCUCGUGCUCGCAUGGCGCGUGUCAAAAACUCAGCAGCGGCACCACCCAAAGAUGACACUGCCAUGGAUGUGGAAGCCCCGCCAGCCAAAAUUCCCAUGGUGGAAGCCCAAAGCAAGGAAUCAUCGUCGGACAUGGAAACAGAAGAGGAAUGGGGAAACCAAAAGCCAUCCGCUGUCGUCGUUGAUCAACAACCCAUUCCAAUCCGACCCACCAUUGUUGCCACUCCCGAAUGGAAAGCUUUUCUGGAACGGGUCCCUCGAUGUGCGGGAGCGGAAGGAAUCCGUGAGUCUUCUUAUUUUGCGAAACAGGGAAUGGCCGGUGAUGGCAUGGCAGUCCCAAAAUGCCUCAAACGAUUAUUCAAAGAAUUGGACGGACUCAAGGACUCCUUGCCGAGCGACCCAAACUGCAGCAUUUGGUUGCGCUUUGACGAAGAAACUCCACAAUAUAUUCGUGCUCUCAUGGCAGGACCUCUUCCCGGGCCCACUCCCUACUCGGGGGGGUUGUUUGCCUUUGACAUUUAUGUUCCAAACGACUAUCCCCAAGUAUCACCCAAGGUCCAGUUCCUGUCAACUGGAGGUGGCUCGUGGCGUGCAGGCCCCAAUUUGUAUGCAUGUGGCAAGGUCUGCCUCUCGCUUUUGGGAACUUGGUCUGGCGAGAAGUGGAACCCACAGCACAGUUCCAUGGCACAGGUGCUGCUAUCCAUCCAAGGACUCAUCUUGGGUGUGGAGCACCCCUUCUACCUCGAGCCAGGUCAUGGUGGUUGGGAAGGGACGGUCAAAGACGGGGCCUUUCAGCAGAAUGGACAGACUUUGGCGGGCGCAAAAGUGCAAGCCGAAGUCGGGGUCCCACCCGAGGUGGUCAUCUUUGAAGACCUCAUUCGAGUCGGAACUACCAAAUAUGGCAUGAUUCAGCCGCUAAAAGCGGCCUGUCGAAUUCUACAAGACGAAGAGGGCAGCAAGAAGAAAGACGCCAUGUUCCGGGCAUUUGGGGAGAUUAUUCAAGCUCAUUUUGCGCAGAAUCGUGAGGCUGUUCUGGCAGAGGUUCGCAUGUGGAUGUCGGAUUACGCCUACAGUAGAAACCGCAAUGUCAUCAAAGGAAGCUUGUCGAUUGAUCAACUGCAGACAUUGUUGCCCAAACUGGAAGAGGUGCUGUCAGAGAUUCCUCCGCUUGGUGAUGCUCCAAAACCCGCCGCCGCCAAGGGCAACGCAAUGGUCACCGAAGAGGAAGGCGACUUGAAAAUGCCGGCAAGAGCCACGCCAAAACCACCUCCACAAGAGGCAAUGGAUUCCAAACCGGCCCCAUCGUCAGCUUCCAAGCGAAGUACAUCGGGAGCUUCCAAAACAGAAGGUGGAAAUGUUGUGGAAACAAAGCGCCAAAAAAUGCAAAAGGCUGCGAGCAGUGGCGAUUACGUGCUGGCUGGGCAACUACAAGAAGAAGUCAAGCGAUUGGAGGAUCUCCAGCGUUCAAUCCAAGAAGCCGCGACGGAAGGUGACUUCAUCAAAGCCGGCCGCCUACAGGCACAGCUCAAAGCUCUCACAGCCGUCGACAGCGAGGAACCUCCCAGCAAGAAGGCGUCCCUGCGUUCCAUGUGGGACCAGGGCAGCGGAGACGAUGACGAUAUGUGGGAUGACUCUGGUGAUGACGACGAUUCGAUGGAUAGUGACGAUGACCUGCCCCCCGGCCCAAUGGGUCCUCCGUUUGCGAUGGGCGGCGGCCCACCACAAUUUGGUGGCGGUCAUGUUCCGCCUGGGCUGGGGAACAACGUGUUUGCGCCACCUGGCCAAAAACACAAGUUUGGCAGCAAGAAUCACAGUUGGGGAACGGGCAGCGCUCUCGGCAAUACCGCUGCGGCGCCAUCGGACCAAAAGGUUGCAGCGGUUCCGGCAGCGGCUGCAGCACCCACCAAAAAGAAGUCUAUCCCUCCGGAGCAGCUCUGUCGCCUGCGAAUCCGACUUCCCAACAAUAAAUCCGUAGUCGAGGACUUUCACAAGGACGACCAGUUGUCUGUUGUGUACCGUCGAUUGGCACCCAUGGUCCCCGAAGAAGGAAGCAAGAAAAGAAAGCAGAAGAGCUCCUCUGUGGCGCCGGCUUCAGCCAGUGCUGGCGGAGCCUUUGCCAAGCCGCUUUCUUCUGCGGGCUUUACGCUUCUUCUGACUCGUCCAAAGCGAGAGUUCAGCCUGGAGCUGCACGGCGUGAAGAGCUUGUCAGAGUUGAAUCUGGCUCCAUCUGCCACGUUGACGAUAAUGAAAUGUCAGGACCGUGGCGUCAUGUACCGCGGUGAACUCGAAAGCCGAAUCCAAGGAGCACAAGGAGAUGCCAUGGAAGUGGAUGGCUUGACAUAUGAAGGACUGGUGGAGCUUACGGAGCGCGUUGGUGCGGUUGCACCAGACAUCAAUCCUGAAGAGCUGGAAAAGAACUCUCAAACAAUGAGCCCUGCGGCCUAUCUUGCCGAGCUGGGGGCUUCUAUGGAGGAAGUCGGCGAGGAUGCUCGAAAGUGUCCGAUUUGCCUUGGUGACUAUGACGGCACGGACGAAACUGAGUCGCUCCGUAAGCUGACAGCUUGCGGUCAUCUCUUCCAUUCUGGGUGCGUAGAGACUUGGCUGGAGACAAAAUCAUCUUGUCCUCUUUGCAAAACAUCCAUCAAACCGGAGAACAAAUAAACAAAUCAAAGACGGAUUUGUGCAUCCGUCUGGGUGCGAUGUAGAGUCAAUUUUCAUAAGACGAUAGAACCAUCGCUAAAUUACCUAUUUAUUUUGUGACACCCCACAGCUUUUGCA